AUGCUUAGCUGGGAUAAGCUCCUGCCAGAUGACAUGAAAAGGAGGGUUGAAGAGAAGUUCAAUGACCUAGGGGAUAUGUGUGAAAGAGGGGAAUUUGAACCUGAAGAAGCUUACAAGUUGCUUAAGGUGUUUGAGGAUGAGAUUGUCAUGCGAUAUGUGCAGAAGAUGGAAGCCGACAGGCCCCCACAAUUUGAUGAGACUGCUGGACAGGACGAGAAAAAGGAGGUAGAUGACCCACCAAGCGAAGGACCAAUCCUUAGGUGGCAAACACGGGCGGUCUUUGCUCCUGGUGGUGAUACCUGGCAUCCCAAGAAUAGAAAAGUGAUCUGUUACAGUGAAAGAAUUUAG